AUGUAUUUUGAUGGAGCAUCCAAUGCUUUGGGGCACGAAAUUGGGGCAGUGUUGGUUUCUCCAAAUGGAAAGUACUAUCCGGCCACAGCGAGAUUGAAUUUCAAUUGUACUAAUAAUAUAGCGGAGUACGAGGCGUUGGUAAUGGGAUUACAAGCAGCAAUCGAGAUGAAGGCUAACGUGAUAGAUGUUUACGGAGAUUCGACUUUGGUGAUAUGUCAAACGAGAGGUGAAUGGGAAACUAGAGAUUCUAAACUAAUUCAAUAUAAAAAGCUGGUUACAGAAUUAAGCAAACAGUUCAAAGAAAUCAGCUUCAACCACUUGCCUCGAGAAGAAAAUCAGAUUGCUGGUGCUUUGGCCACUCUCGCAGCAAUGUUCAAAAUAAAAAAAGCGGCUGAUGUACGCCAUUUUGAUUUAAAAGUCCGUGACAUCUCCGCACACUGCUUGAAUGUUGAGGAAGAGGUUAAUGGAUUUAUGGUAAGGGAUACAGAGGUAAAGGGUGGGUCAGGGUCAGUGAGAGGAGCAGCUGGCAAGAAGUUGGAGUGA